AUGAAGCCGGAGGCCAAGAGGAGGAGGACUGCCGAGAUCCGGUUCAUGGGAGUCAAAAAGUGGCGGUGCGGAAAGUGGGUGUCGGAGAUCCGGUUGCCCCACAAUCGGAAGAGAAUUCGGCUGGGUUCUUCUGAUUUCCCGGAGAAGGCCGACCGGGCCUUCGACGACGCCGCCCGCUUCAAUUUCCCCGACCAGCCUCCUGACAUCCCAGCCUCCGGCGCCGCCCUCUGGCCCCACCCCGUCCAGGCAGCUGCCGCCCGCCAUGCCAACGGUCCGCCACCGCCACCGCCACCGCUUCAGCACUCAACCGCCGAGUCCUUGGCAUCGGCGAUGCCAGAGUCAUCGAACCGGUCCCUUGCAGAUUUGGUUACCGCCGCCACUGCCGAUGCUGAUUUCGCAGCCUUUGAGGAUGGCUUUGUGCACGAGUUUUUCUCGGUGUCGGAGCCGCAAGAGCCGGAUCGUGAGGAGGAGAAUUGUGGUGGAACUUUCGACCCUUACUUGAUUCUUUGGAGCUUUUGA